CGGCAAACGGCAACACUGGAAAUUCACACUCGUUACGACUAUUUCUCUGAUAGAUAUUUGAUGAAUGACGACACAUUGCGCGUAGGGGAAGGGCGUCCGCGAUGGACAGUCUUAAUUUCGGGAAGUCUCUUGGCGGCGACAGUGGAUGGAGACAGGCCGCCAAGGUCAAUUGUACUAUCCUCGUAUGCAUGUCAAUCACCUUGAUCGGAUGUUUGAUAUCAGCUGCGACUAGGGGCGAUGGUUUAUACAGCGCGUAUUUCUUUUACGAAGGCCAAUGCGAUGGAGGGGGUAGUGUGCCGAAUAUCAACUUGAUAUUGCAUUUAGUCAUCAACAUCGUGUCGACACUUGUGGUAACAUCAAGCAACUUCUUCAUGCAAGUUUUAAAUUCGCCCUCGAGGGAAGAAGUAAACACGGCUCAUUUCAAAGGCUCCUGGAUGGGAAUUGGUAUUCCUUCAGUUCGUAAUGCGUUCAUGGUAUCAAGAUUCAAGACUUGGUCUUGGGCCUGUUUGCUUAUUAGUUCUAUCCCACUCCAUCUCAUCUUUAACUCUACGAUAUUCCAAGUAGACCAGAGGGAUUCUGAUUUCCAUUUAACUAUUGCCACGGAAGAUUUCCUCAACGGAGGGCCUUACUAUGCUCCUGGAGGGAGCUUGCUCCAACCCGGUUUCGAUGUGUGGUACACCCACGAAAACUUAAUAACAGAAUCCAUAUACAACAACAUUAGCGACUUCAACAUAGCAUCACGAGAAUAUGGUUUCCCCGUAAACCUCACAGAUUAUGCCUCAAAGGACACUGCCGUCAUGAAGAAUAUAUCGGAUACAGCAUUAAAAGCGAGUGGAUGGAAUAGAUUAGAGACGGGCGAAUGCAAGCAAGAAUAUAUUGAUUGCGGCGGACUAAAGUACCACCGCGACUUGGUUUUGGUCGUCGAUAAGCCUGGUGGCUGGAUACGAAACGAUACGUGGCACCUCAUGGACAACCAAACAAAAUAUUGGGACACUUAUAUCCCGGCGGAUAAGCCAAAUAACCUAUUUUUCGGCACGCAAUGCGUCAUGGCCGCUUCCCGCUCUGACAACGAGCCGACGCAGUGUGUGAACACCUGUUUAGAAGCACUUGGAUACUAUAGUACCGAACUCGACUAUUCGGUUUCUAUGUUUGCCGGUGAAACUGGAUGGCAAUACCCUUUCAUACAAAAGUACAUGGAAAAGGAAGUGAAUGGAACCUCCAACGGGGAAUACACUACGUAUAACAUAACUGCCGGCAGCGCCCUUACCUCCGGUUUGCAACCAGGCGCGCUGAACUUAACGGUGAAAUACUGCCUUGCCGAACCCCUCGAUAGGGUUUGUCAUAUCGGGCUCUCACCUACGCUUCUACUCGCAGUUACUAUAUGCGUUAUCUUCAAAACCGGCACAGCUAUUGUGGUCACUGUCGUACUAGCCCGUCAGAACCACUCCCCGUUGGUCACACUCGGAGAUGCUAUGGAAUCCUUUAUUGAAAAACCAGAUGCUACUACUGCGGGAAUGUCCACGAUAGGACAGUCUGAGAUCCGGAGAGCUAUGCGGAGCGGCUCAUCUUUCCUCUCACCUGGCCCGAGGCAAUGGCAAGCGUUGCGAAGACGCCGAUGGUCCGUCGUGCCUAAGUCAGUUUGGGCAACUAGUUACCUUCUAUUCAUUAUUGGUAUCAGCAUAUGCAGCUUCUUCGUCAACAGCGUAAUUGAAGGGGGCGGUUUGUUCGGCUCAUUCAUGGAAAGCGAUGAAAACGCCUUCAUCGACAUUCCGACCACAUUUGUGAAUGGCGUGUUACUUGCUAACAGCCCACAACUACUUCUUUCGUUUUGCUACCUCGCGUAUAAUAACCUGUUCACUCGGCUUCAAAUGGCGCGAGAAUGGGCCAUGUUCAGCCAAGGGUACCACGCAUUGCGCGUUACGGAUCCUAAGGGUGAUCAAUAUUCUACAUACCGACUUCAGCUACCUUAUAAGUAUAGUAUACCUCUUAUGGGUGUUAGCAUAUUUCUUCACUGGUUACUCUCUAAUACCAUUUAUGUAUUCAUAUCAAUGGGAGGUUACUUCGGAACCAGCGAAUUCCUCGCCUCAAACCUUGUCGACCCUACUUUACCACCCAGUACUGCCGUGGCAGUCGGUUUCUCAGGCCUCUCCCUAGUAGCCUUACUAUCAGUCUCAUGCUUCUUAAUUUUAAUUCCCUUUUUCCUAAGCUUUAAAAAGCUUCCGUCCAACAUGGUCAUCGUAGGAAGUAAUUCGCUAGCACUAUCCGCCGCAUGUCACGUCCCGAGCCUAUCCAACGCUGUUCCCAGCAAAUUCAAAGCAGAUCCUUCACCAGGGUCUUCGAAAAUUGACCUUCCCUCGGCCCCGCGAUCCCCGGAACAAUCGCGUAUCCUUCUUGCAGGCGAUGCGGCUUACGCCGAUGAGAGCUUCGAGAUGCAACAUCUUAGGGCCAAACCUAUUAGCCGUAUCUCAUCAAACCGUUCGAUGUCUUCUAAGGGACUUCUAGUACCUGAGCGCAGUAGUGAGGAUAGCCUUGAGGAAGGGGAAGAGGAGGAACUAGGGAGAAGUCAGUUCACGAAGCUUGCGAGAAGCAAGAUACGAUGGGGCAUCGUGAAGAUGCCGCCUGAAUGGCACGCUGAAUACGAUAAUGACGCAGGACCCGUGGAACAUCUCAGCUUCGGUGUUGAGGAGGACGAUGUUCAGCCCCCUGAAGUAGGGGAUUUGUAUGCGUGAUGAAGAUAAGGCGACAUGUGAGAGCAUUCUAUCACGACAUAUUUUUCAUCUCCAACACGCUCCGCUGGCCCGUCCUCGGCAUUCAUCAAAAGCUAAGGGUGUCAAAAAUUUUAGACGUGAUUCCAUUUGGCUCGAUUGGUGUCGCCCUUUUUUUUUUCUUCCCGUA